CAAUUAUCACUCAAUAAUACCAUAUACAUAUCUCACCUACACCUUUUUUCCAAAACCAACACAAACCCCCAGAAAUCCAUGAUGCUCAUCACCUCCUGAACAUCAUCAUCAUCAUCCAAAAAACAAUACAUACAAAUACAAUGCCCCCAUCCCCCUUGACAGUGACCCUGAUCCAAUCCACGAUCCUCAACGCCAUCUCCAAUGUCCUGGCCCAAUUAAUAGACCAGUACAAAGAAAACAAACCCUUGGCGUUGAACACCAUCGCACUCAUCCAGUUUAUCACCUACGGCGCCAUUAUCGUGCCGCCCAAUUUCUCCUGGCAGAGAUACAUCGAAGCUCGGUUUCCGGGCUUUCCCAGCUGGAAGAGAAAUAACAGCAACAAUGUGCCUGAUCCCGAUGAUCUCCUGCCAACGAAGGAGAAGUCGUUCAAGCCGAAACAGCAGAGAUCUGGGAUGUGGAACUUUGCUGUGAAGUUCCUCUUGGAUCAAACUAUUGCUGGGGUGUGUAACAUUCUCUUAUUUAUUGUGUUGAUCAACCUGUUGAAGGGGUCGCAUUGGGGGAGGGUUUGGGAGUUGGUUUGUGAGGAUUUUGGCCCCAUCAUGAUAGCUCGUCUGAAGUUUCGGCCUAUCGUGUCGGCGCUUAUGUAUACUGUUGUUCCUGUGGACCGACGAGUGGUAUUUGGGAGCGCCUGUGGAGUUAUCUGGGGGAUUUAUUUGAGUCUUUAUGCGGUUGUUUGAAACGUCCGGUACUGGUUUUAGAUUUCGCAUCGUUAGCAAUAGCCUAACAGAGCAAGAAAAGUCCACU